AUGCUGAGCAGCAACAGCGGCAGAAACGACGCCACGAGCAAAGAAGCCGCAGCAUAUCAAAGGUUGCAGCAGCUGCGACAGAAAGGACGCCGUCCGUACGCGGCCGGGCCGCAGCGCACCGAGAAGCCCACGUUGUUCGGGACAGCACUGGCAGCGAUACGCAACCGCGCGAAGAAAAGUAGUAGUGACGAGUCAGUAGACAGCAGGAGGCGUAUAGCAAACGCGCGGAGCUGCGUCUACGGGCCCAGUCGGCGGGCUGGUUGA